GCUAGAGUGUUGGUGCUUGCAUUGCGCGCGUGAUGGCCGUGCUGCCGCGGCGCCCCCGCCUCGUGGCGCUCGCCGUGGCGCUCUUGCUGGCAGCCACGAGCGGCUGCCUCUGCCAGAACGUCCCGGUGCCGUCCUCCGGCCGCGUCCUCCUGUCGACGCCGUCGUCUCCUCCGCCGUCGCCGGGCACCCCUCCUCCUCCGUUCGUUUUCCCGCGGCCGAUCUGUCGCCGCUGCCCGCCGCGCUGCCCGCCUGAAGGUUGCUCCGGCAACGGCUCGCCUUAGUUUUCACAGUCACCGUCAUCGUCCAGGCAAUUGAGCUUCGGCACAAGUUAUCUACAGUCUACCGACCACUCCAUGUUGUGAUGAGGAAGCCUAGAUUCAACAAAAAAGAAAGAAAUAUACUACACUAAAUAGACAGACCCAUAACCGGUCACGGCCUAGCAUGCAUGUAUUAAGAGUUACAGAGGCUAUAUGUAGUAUUUGAAUAAGUUCGAUCGGAGACUCAAGAUAAUGUAUCAUGUCAUGAAUAGCUUUGAAAGUAGCUAAUAGAAUUAUCUAUAUCUAUAUUUCUAUAAA